ACGCCACCGCCACCACCGGCACCACCGGCACCGCCGGCAGCACCGCCACCGGCACGACGUGGCCCACCACGGUGAAGAGCGGCACGGCGAGCGGCGAGGAGCUUCCCGUGAUGCCCAGGGACGUCGCCUCGCUGCGUGGGGCGCUGGGCGUCACGCUGGGGGUGCUGUUGGGCGUGGCCGUGCUCGCCGCUGUGGCUUGCUACGUGCGCGGGACGAGGCGCAAGCACGCGGUGCGCUUCCGCCACCGCCGCCUCUACGACAGCGCGGAAGAGCCCGAGCUCCGGCUGGACGAGAUGUCGCCCACGGCGUUCUACAACGCCAGUGCCGACUCCAUGGACUUCUCUCCCUCGCCGGGAUCCAGCCACGUUUGAGCGGCAACAGCGGCGGUGGCGGCGUCACGAUGGCCGCCCACUUCGUCGCCCACCCGCCCACCUCGUCGCCCGGCUGCCUCAGCGACCCGGCCACCCCGUCGCCCGCUCUCCCACCUCGUCGUCCACUCUCCCACCUCGUCGCCAACUCUCCCACCUCGCCGCCCGCUCUCCCACCGCGUCGCCAGCUCUCCCACCGCGUCGCCAGCUCUCCCACCUCGUCGCCGGCUCUCCCACCUCGUCGCUAGCUCUCCCACCUCGUCGACCGCUCUCCCACCUCGUCGCCCGCUCUCCCACCUGGUCACCAACUCUCCCACCUCGUCGCCCGCUCUCGCACCGCGUCGCCAGCUCUCCCACCUCGUCGCCCACCAACCUCCGCCCCCUCCUCACCCUCCCCCCUCCUCCCACCCCUGCCGAGGCUGAGCCUUCCCGAGCCUCCACAUUCUCUCUCCCGCCGCCGCCACCACCGUCACCUCCCGCCAUCGCUAAACCCACACCCACUGUGGAACUGCUACCCAGCGAAAAUCUACAAAGCCCUCCCCACGACGCUCAGAGAGCCCCUGCUGGACAUUUGUGCAAACAAGAGCUUUGGAGCUUAUCGGAUUCCUCCUGCGAGUAUAAAAUACAAGAUUCUGAUUCUGAGUUGCAGCAGCAGUAGCAGCAGCAGUGUUGUCACAUCGCCCAUCUCACUCCUGUGAACAACAGUGGGCAGGACCCUGUGUGUGGAUUUUAAAAAAAGAUAUAUUUUCGUUUUAAUCCCGGAGAAGAGACGCAAUAAUUAUUAUUUAUUAUAAAUCUGCCCGGCUGGACGCGGAGGUCGCGCUCGGAGAUGGCCGGUAGAGCGGUGGGCGGUGAGCGGUGAGCAGGGGGUGGGAGU